CCUAAUUCUACUAGAAGACUACUAACCAUAAUAAGAAUUACCCUAAUAAUGAUUAUAAUAAUAAAUAUAGAAACCCGAUAUAAUUCGGUUUCUAACAGUUUGAUUGCUUCAACAAUUCCCUUGGCCAAAACUUCCCAUCUCCCUUCAAGGUUAGGUGAUUGAUUUCCCUGUUCAUUUCUUCUGGUUCAAAUCCUGAUUUGUAUGUUAUAAUUUUACCAUGUUCGUAUUCUAAAGAGACAUACUUCUCUAAUGGUAGUUUUACUAUUACUAUUAUGAUUUUCAAGUUCUUACCGUAGUCAUUUGACCAUAUUGCUUUUCUUGUAUAUUAGAAACUUCACUUUAUCACAGAGGAAGAGAAGAGAACUUGGCAACCACUUUCAAGAGCCAAGUACCCAAAACCACUGAUCUUCCAUGAUGGAAGAUUAGCAUUCAGGCCAAAUCCAUUAGCAUCCCUAACAAUGUUCAUCUGGCUUCCAUUCGGCUUCCUCCUUUUCGUCACCAGAAGCCUUAUUGGAACCUUCCUCCCUUACCAAAUCUCAAUCCCUCUCCUCCAAGCCACAAGGAUGCACGGCUUCUGUUCCAAGCCACGAUCUUUCCGGUCUGACAAGUCACAAGGAACCCUCUAUGUCUGCAACCACAGAACCUUAUUCGACCCAUGUUACAUCUCGACGUGCACAAACAAUCCCUUAACAGCAGUCACAUACAGCUUGAGCAAGUUCUCUGAGUGGAUAGCGCCAAUCAAGACCAUCCGAAUCACGAGGAACAAAAACAAAGAUAUGAAGCUGAUACAAGAACUUCUGACAAAAACUGACCUUGCCAUAUGUCCUGAAGGUACAACUUGCAGGGAACCUUACCUGCUGAGGUUUAGUCCUAUGUUUGCCGAGGUGGCGAAGGACAUUGUUCCUGUGGCUAUUGAUAUGAAGUGCAACAUGUUCUAUGGAACGACGGCUGGUGGGUGGAAAGGGUUGGACCCCGUGUUUCAGUUGAUGAAUCCCUCUGUUUGGUGUGAACUUAGGGUUCUUGAGAAGGUGCCUGAAUGUAUGGUUUGUGAAGGUGGAGUAGACAAGUCUAGGGUUGAGGUUGCCAACUCUGUGCAGGUUGAGAUUGGUAAAGCUUUGAACUUCGAGUGCACUAGCUUGACCAGGAAGGAUAAGUACUUGUUCUUAGCAAAUAAUGAAGGGUUUGUGACAAGCUGAAAUCUUACUACUAUAGCUUGAAUAUAUUUUUCUUCUUGUCUUUUGUUUCAAAGUAAACUUUGUAUAACUGUGUGCUUUGUUUUGACCUUUCUAUACUAUUUACGACAUACAUCUUGUUUACAGUUUAUUUAGCUUUGUCCCAACCUAUUUGGGUGGGUAUUAUCCAUUGUGCAAUAGUACGGGGCGGGGCAUGAGUAUUGCUUUCGACCUGUCCCGUCUCGUUCUUGAACCGCUCAAUCAUGAUUUGCAUCUACAUCUAUAUGUAUUUCUUCUCAUUUGAACUUUCUAAAAAUCAUAUUUUUCAUCCUAAGUAAAUUUUAAAACUCUAU